CGUGGGUAGUUUGUCAGUCUAGUCUAUUAAGAUCGUAAUGUAAAGUUGCUUGGUGUGUGUAACAGAGACAAGCCCCGGGCUUGCGGGGCAAAGGGAAGUGCGCUCCAGGGUUGGCUACGACUGUUCACAGUUUACCCCUCAGUCGAACCACGUUUUUCCCUCUUUUGUCCUCCUUGCGUCUGCAACUAAGGCGAAACCAUGGCUGACCAGACCGAGAGGGCCUUCCAGAAGCAGUUCGGUGUGACCGGCUGCUUCAAGAGCAAGGAGAAGAAGGCGCCGGGCAAGAGCGGCCACCGCUUCUACAAGCAGAUUGGCCUGGGCUUCAAGACCCCCAAGGAGGCUAUUGAGGGCCACUACAUCGACAAGAAGUGCCCCUUCACUGGCAAUGUCUCGAUUCGCGGCCGUAUCCUGUCGGGCGUGGUGAAGUCGACGAAGAUGAACCGCACCAUCAUCGUCCGCAGGGACUACCUUCACUUUGUGAAGAAGUACGGCAGGUACGAGAAGAGGCACCGCAACAUCGCCGCCCACGUGUCUCCCUGCUUCCGCGUGAAGGAGGGUGACAGCGUUGUCAUCGGCCAGUGCAGGCCCCUGUCGAAGACCGUGCGCUUCAACGUGCUGCGCGUGACUCCCCAGGGCUCCUCCGCCAAGAAGGGCUUCUCGUCCUUCUAAGCGAUAGGCACAUUGUAAGACUUGUGGCAAGGACUGCGGGCCUCUUUCUCUUAUCCUCUACUAGGUU